AUGAAAUCUUAUAUAGGAUUGGUCACUGAAAACGGUUUGCCGUUUGAAAUUUUAAACAGCAGCAACAUGCGUAAUAUUUUAAAACCCCUGUGUGAUGCCUUGAAAAAUUAUAAGAAAGAAAAAACUAAGGCUGCGACUCUCAUCGUAAAUCAAUCACCAAAUAUAUUCUUCGAUUUUAAAUACAUCAAUAAUUACAAAAAGACUCUAAGAAUUUUUGCCUAUGUGAAUAGAUUUAUUGCUUUAGUUAAAAAAACAAAGGAAGUUAAAAGGGGUCAUAUCACACUUGAUGAAGAAAAUCAAGCAUUAUUAAAAAUCUGUACUAUUAUUCAAGUGGAAUCCUUUUCUGAAGAAUAUAAGGCAUUGUCCAAAACUAACGUUAUAAAUCACCAAUCAAAAUUAGUACAACUCUCACCAUUCAUCAAAGAUGGUCUUAUUCGUGUAGGCGGUCGUCUUCUGAAUUCAUCGUUGUCUUUCGAUGCCAUUCACCCGAUUGUAUUGCCUAAUCAUCACCCAUUUGUUCGAACACUCAUUAAUCACCAUCAUCGAAUCCACAUGCACGCUGGAACUCAAACACUCAACAGUCUUCUUCGUGAUCGCUUUUGGAUUAUAGAUGCUCGUAACACAAUUCGCCACACCAUACACAAUUGCAUUAUUUGUUAUCGUUGUCGACCCCAAAUAUGUCAACAAAUAAUGGGAUCAUUGCCUAGAGAUAGAGUCGAACCUUCAUACCCAUUUACUAUUACCGGAGUGGACUAUUGCGGUCCGUUUUCAAUUACUCAUCGUAUAAGAGGUAAGCAACCAACAAAGGUAUACAUUGCCGUAUUUAUUUGCUUCACAACAAAGGCUAUUCAUAUGGAGGUUGUAAUGGAUCUUACCACAAUAGCAUUCAUAGCUGCUCUAAAACGAUUCAUAGCCAGAAGAGGCAAAUGUAAUACCAUAUAUUCAGACAAUGCUACCAAUUUCGUUGGAGCAAAUAAGGAACUGAAAUUAUUACUUCAACAUUUCCUAUCAUCGGACCACAUAGCUGCCGUCAGCGAGAACUGUAACCAACAAGGUAUAAAGAGGAAAUUUAUACCUCCCCGUUCUCCACACUUUGGAGGUUUGUGGGAAAGUGCAGUAAAACAAGCAAAAUAUUUUCUUCGUAGAGCUGUGGACACCUAUCUCUUUUCGUAUGAUGAACUACAAACCGUAUGUUGCCAAGCUGAAGCAAUAGUUAAUAGUAGACCACUUACACCAAUGUCCAGUGAUCCCGAUGACCUUCGCGCAAUAACUCCCUCACAUUUCCUCAUCGGUCGAACAGCUCAAACAAUACCAGAACCUUCUGUCGAACAUUUUGUGUCAGGAACACUUAAACGAUAUCAACAAAUUCAAUGGGCUCAGCAACAUUUUUGGCAAAGAUGGCAAAGGGAGUAUCUGAAUGAGUUGCAAAGAAAACAUAAAUGGACUACCCAGUUUGUAAACUUACAGCCGAAUGAUAUGGUACUAGUUAAAGAAGAUAAUUCACCACCAAUGAAAUGGCAUCUAGGUCGCAUAGUGGAGACAAUAAAGGGCCCAGAUGACAAGGUUAGAGUUGUUGUUGUCAAAACUAGUGAUGGUCAACACAAAAGAGCUAUUACAAAAAUAUGUAAAUUACCAAUAAAUUGA